UUUAAAUUUGAAGAGGGAAUUUAGAAUGUUAAGUGCCAGUAAUAGUGUGGGAUCGGUGUAAAAGUAAACAACUUGUAUAAGUUUCUAUUAAAAAUAAAACAAACAUCAGUUGUGACAUAUAAAUACAAAAUAUUAUUUCAAAACUUAAUUACCUAAAUAAUCGUUCUUAAAAGCAGUCGACCCAACAAUGUUCCAAGUUCAAUGUAUUCAAUUGUCACAUUAUCACUAGAACUGAUAGUAAAAUAACAUAAUACAUAAUUUAUAUUGACGGCCCAGGUCAUGAAACAGUAACGGGCGGCGAGGGGUGGGCAUUAACUGAAGAGCGAAGUCAAGCUUAGUAGCGAGGCAACCUCCGCGAUAGACGGUCGUGCGUCAGACGAUCUUUUUGUCUCAAAAUUACGCGACGAAAAUAUUAAAAAUUGUUCUUGUGAUGACAGUAUUUGUGACUUAAAUAAAAUGUGAUGUACCUUUCUCUUAAACUUUGUGAGGAUGUUUGUCUUGGCAGUUCUCAGCUUACUUAUACAAGAAUCGUUACCGCUCCGGAUGGUGCGCGUGUCGGUGCCGGCGUACCGCGUGCGCGGGCAGCCGGCGCAGCUGGACUGCGACUACGACCUGGGCGACGAUGCGCUUUACUCCGUCAAGUGGUACCGCGACAAUGAGGAGUUCUACCGCUACAUGCCCAAGUUCGACCCGCCCAAGCACGCCUAUAAGAUAGAGGGGAUCAAAGUAGAUGUAGCUAAGUCAGAUGACCGCAAAGUGAUUUUGCAUCAAGUGAUGCUGAAGACCUCGGGGCUGUACCGGUGCGAGGUGUCUGCAGAAGCACCAAGCUUCUCCUCAGCGGCCGGAGAGGGAAGAUUAGAAGUUAUUUAUUUACCAAGGGAAGGCCCUAGAAUAACGGGGAAUGAACAUGAGAACCGAAGAGGAGAUUCAUUAGUUCUUACUUGCACGUCGGGUAGGUCAUACCCAGCAGCCGUGCUCAGUUGGGACAUCGAUGGGGAAAAGGUGACAGACCCAGAUCUCCUAGUGGAGUAUCCCCCGACGCUGCAUGCUCACGGGCUGAUGUCGUCGGCGCUGGGUCUGCGGGUGCCGGUGGGGAGAACUAUGCAGGUGCGGUGCACGGCGCGGGUCGCGCCCGCCUGGAGGGAAGGCAGCGAGGCUGUUGUUGGGAACAGCCAGCUGGCGGAUAGCAAGGAGGCCAUGUUGCUCGUGAAGAGCGCAAGCGACGUAUCGUCAUCGAGCAUAAUCCUGUUAACACUAGCCCUGGGCCUGCUCAUCGCCCUGACCACGGCACAGUCUGGGACGUGAUAAAUUAUCUCCGGUCUGAUAUUAACAAACGUAAUUUAGAUGUAACGCUCCGUUUAGGAUGUGAAAUUGAUGUAAGAAAUUGACGUCAUAAUGUAUACUGCUGUCGUAAGCCAAAAAAAGGCCGAUGUAUGUAGACUUAAGCCGGAUCCAGAAUUCCAGACGGGUGUAACGUGUAAUAUAAGAUUAUGUGUAAUAUAGCGUCAACGUGUGGACGGCACUGCGAGCGCCUUUAUGUUCACGCCUAAAUAUCGACAGCCGAUGGAUCGAGCACAAGCGUUACAUGUAAUGCUCGUAGUGCCAUCCUUACGCAGAGUUCCUGUUGGAUUACACGUUACGAGUACAUGCGUCUGGACCCAGCUUUACGUAUUUUUCGUUUAACAGUUACAGUAUUUAUUAUGUAAAAGAUGAGAAUACGCUAAAUAUGCCGCAAUUUCCAAAAUAGAGCCGUUCCCGUGAAGGUGUUACUAUUGUAAUCAUCUAACCAGUUCAUCUUAAAUUUACAGCACUUCCAAGAGAUCAAUUGAUAGAUAGUUUUCCCAUAACUAUUAUAGAUCUCUUUCAAAGUAAUAAUUGGAUUAUUACUAAGCAUUAUAUUAUUCGCGAAUUGUGUAUUUGAUGACGUACGUUUCUUGCAACGAUUUUUCAGUCAAUUAAACAAGAAAACCUAUAAGUACACAUUUAUGGUCCGCGGGAAUUUACUAGAAGCCUUGGAAUAACGAACUUUAAAUUAAAUUAAAUAGGACAUACAGGGUGAAAUUUUGACCACCGGCCAUACUCUGCGUAGUGACUUUAUUAGGUCAAAAUGUACAACUUUUAUUAUAUGACCAAUGCCGAAAACGCGAAAAAAAAUUGGCUGUCCCAUACAAAUCAGCGGCAUCACAUCAUACGGAAUUGUUUCAUACACAAUUUA